GAUCGUUGUCUCUGAAGAAGUCAUCCACGAGUUUCUUCACAUCGACUGCCUUGGUUGUUGUUGUAAGAGGCGUACAAAAUAAAACAUCUUCCUUUAUCACGUCGUCUUUCACAGAGCGCACGAAUACAACACGCUGGCUCAGAUUGGAAACGUCGGUGGUCUCGUCGAGUUGGAGGCUGAAUGUAGCUGGGCUUGACAUCAGAUCUGCAACUACUUGAGCCAAGAUGUCGUCGCUCACGUCGUCUAUUCUGCUGCUGAUUGUGUCAUUCGAAAGAGGAAUUUGGGAUAACUUCUCUUCAGCAGCUUUUCCCAGCAUGAUAUUCACCAUCUUCAACGCAGCUGGUUUUACCAGUGUUUCACCAAUGGGUGGUGGUCGGCAGCCUGUCCAGCGUCUCCACGUGGAGCCCUCUGCAGCUGAUGAUGACAGAAAACAUCAGCUCGGACGUCCUGAUUCCUCUGAACCCUGCAGACUCUCAGACAGCAUCCAGUACCACAGCAAUCACAAUUCACCAUUCCAUCGGGUGAAGCUCCAAGAUGAGGCCACUGGGGAUUCAUGCAUGGCACGCGUUGGCCACGCCGGCAUGACGGCAGAUGAGGUGACGGAAAACAUCGAGGCUGCUUUCCAAACAGUGGCGGCCAAACUACGCACGAAAAGUCCGGUGAUAAAGCUCAUCCAUAUAAAGAGCCAGACGUCGGGGGCCCUGCCCAUCUACACGUCAGACCUGAACCACCUCAGCGUGCUGGACGAGGCAGAGAAACAGGCUCAGGCUGCCAGGCAGGAGGCUGCGGCCAAAAAGCAGGCGAAGAAGAACAAGGCGGCGGAGGAGAAGAAAAGCGCGGUGACGGGGGGAGAGAUCCCACAGCUGGUUCCCAUAGCAACACCUAGCAAAAAGCCCAAACUGGAGAAGGCACCCAAACCUGCUGCAGCGAAGAAAGGAAGGAAAGGAAAGAAAGCACCAAACAAAAUGACCAAGACAUCUGGAAAGACUGAGUCCAAAGGGAAGAGAAGAGUUCCCAAAGUGAAGUGAUUGUCAGAGCGUCUUCACACAUGACGCUCUCAACAUGGACGUUAUAUUACGGGACCAGGUUGUUCAGACUGGUCAAUAUAUUCACUCUGUUCUGUCUUUCUUUGCUCGGAUGAUGCAGAUUAUAAAGUGGAACUGAAAUGAUCUUUGGCUGUGUUGUGUUCUCUAAAUGAUGAAUAAUAAAAGUGUUCAUUAUAAUAGAGAUGUUUUAUCAUAGCAGGAGAAGGUGGAGCUGAUGUUGUCAACAAUGGCUGUUUACUGAUGUGCAUCAAUAAUCCAUGUUAGUGAUGAACAGUGAAGGUGCAGCACUUAUUCACUUUAAUGCUGCUAUUUCCCCGAGUUGGUCAAUUUGACUUCAGCGUGACAAGAAAAACAAUGUUUUGUAAAGCGUCUCGACGCUGCUGUUUAUUAAUGUUGCCCUCCAACAUACGGAAACACUUUGUCCCAGAAGUGUUGCAGCACAUUUCAUAUAACUGUUAAUUAUUGCUUCACCUGCCCUGUUAUGAUGCUAUAAGUGACUAAUGUGCGUCACUGUACGAGGACAGCAACUAAGGUUUACAACAUAAAACAUUACAUGUGAGCAAAAGUUAAAAUGCAAUAUGUGAAUUUAAUAAAACAUUUCUUACACUCAACCAA